AUCUCGAUAUAAAAAUGCCUCAACCAGACUACAUUUUCACCAUGAAACUACCUCCAAUGCAGCGGCUGUGUCACGUAGUGUUGCAAUUGCCCAACGGUUUAAAUACGUACGCAAUACAGGUUCUGAAAUGCAGACAACUGUUGUAUUUAUGCGCCGACGUGCUCGCAUCUCCACGAACCAACGACCGAACACUUAUUGAUGCUGUAAUGCAUGUGCAACUUUACAAACGCUUGCUGAGUUCACUUUGUCAACGGCUAGAUUUAAAGGCAAUUCAUGCUUCUGUUGUUCAAAACUAUGUCAUUGAAAGAUGUGUUCGAUACACACUGCAUUUUAAGCUAAGUCCGCAAUGGAAUGCAGUAGCUGACUACUUGAUUCAUGGACCGGAGUUUUUGACUUGCUGUGCUAAAAUGGAAGCUGUCAAGCUUGAUGUGAAAAUAGUUGAUGGUGAAAUGGUGUUGCUUGUUAACGCUCAUCUUGUUCGUCUUCCUCCUGCAGAACUUGAACAUUUUAGGAUCUGUCCAGACGCUUUAGAGAGAUUUCAAAAUGAUUCUAAUUUCAAAAUACAUGAGGGAACCAUAAACCUUCCUACCUGCCAUGUAUUGCCAACAAUGAACAGAGCUCAAGUCAUUGCUGUUUCACAUAAUGUGACAACUGACACAUUGAAUAGAAUGUUGAAAGGAUGUUCAAAUCUCAAGAAAUAUUGGAAAAAUUUGUAUGGUUAUCGACUUCCAGAAAUAGAUGAAAUAUACUGCAGUGUAUUGGUGAUGAAUAUGAAUGGCCAUUCCUUUACCUACCCACUAACUUGUUUACGUACAAGACCAAUUCAAUGCAUGCCACGAUGCGAUGCGCCAGACAUCACAAGAAAUUUUAUGGCAUCUGUUCAGCAAAAGUUUGAAAAACUGUGUGGGUUUUCGCUCGUAUUUACUUCACCGCCCUCUAUUGCUACAACAUUACUCUCACCAGCUUCUAAUUUAAAGCCUGAAGUGAAGCAGAAUCUUAAGAUAGCGCCGGUGCCAACAAUAAAAGGUCCAAGUGCUAGCAAGCCUUCAAAUUUUAACUCUUCCUUUAUGUCAGCAUCAUCAGUUAAAGCACCCAAUCCAGAAAUGAUCCCAUCCAGUCAGAAAAAUGAGCUUUUAAAUAAAAAUACAAUACAAUGUGUUCCUAAUGUUGAUACAAUAAAGAGAAGUUUGCCAUUGAAUGCAAAUGGAAGGUUAGUGCCUGUGUUUGGAAAGAAAACCAAGACGUUUCAGCCACCAACAAAAAACAAACCUGCAACUUCUGGUGCAAAAAAGAAGGGAAAAUUUGAUGUGCUUUUUCAGUCUGCAAACAAGGGGGGCAAGCCAAAAAAAUCAAAACAUAAAUUUGAUAGCCUGUUUUGCUCUGCUAGCAAUUCAACAGACAAAUAAUAUUUGUUUUGUAAUAUAAUGUGUAUAGUAGGGUGGGGAAAGAUGAGACACCC